CUUCCUUCAGGUCCGCUUAGUAAAGGCCCGGCGCGCUUUCCCCUCCGUUUAGAUCCAUUUUUAUAAUGACCUUCUUCUGAAAUAGAUUUCACGCCUGAAAAGGUGACGUUUCAACUCGAUCUGGGUGCUUUCCUUCACGUCCGCCUGACGGGGACCCUGCCGCGUCGCUUUUCUCCCUUCGAAUUCCUUACGUUCAGUAACUGGAAAAAGUAACAUAUCAGGCUGACCCCCGGCGUUUUCCUUCAGGUCCGUCUGAUGGCGGCCCAGUGCCGCUUUCUCUCCAUCUGCAAAGUUUACGUGAGAAGUUCACGAGUCAAACUGACCGCUCAGCGUUCUCCUUCAGGUCCGGCCUGCAAACGCCCGGUCUCAGUUUUCGGUCUUUGUGGAACACAUUAUGCUCAGUUCCUCAAAAGUUAACGAGUGAAACGGACCAUCGUCCCCCCCCGCGCUUUUUCUUCAGGUCCGCUCCUCAGAAGCCAGACUGUACUUUGUCCUUCGAAACACUGUGCCAGUUUUCCGAAGAAGAGUUCGCGCGACGCCGAUGUGGUUCCCUUCAGGUCCGCUCCAUUUGAACGCAGGAACUCGAGACGCGUGAAGUGCCGACGAUCCACACCGAGAAAAGAGGGAGAAAAAGGAGUCCGGCAACAACAUCAUCAACAUCAUCAUCAUGUCUGGAAACAAAAAGCAAAGAACGGACCUCCAGCGGUCGACCAACAUCGUGUACCAGGCCCACCACGUGAGCCGCAGCAAGAGAGGCCAAGUUGUGGGCACCCGCGGGGGGUUCCGCGGUUGCACCGUCUGGCUGACGGGCCUGUCGGGUGCCGGGAAGACCACGGUGGGCUUUGCUCUGGAGGAGUACCUGGUGACCCACGGCAUCCCCUGCUACUCCUUGGACGGUGACAACAUCCGCCACGGGCUGAACAAGAACCUGGGCUUCACGGCCACGGACCGAGAGGAGAACAUCCGGCGCAUCGCCGAGGUGGCCAAGCUGUUCGCCGACGCCGGCCUGAUUUGCAUCACCAGCUUCAUCUCUCCCUUCACCAGGGACCGCAACGAGGCCAGGAGGAUCCACGAGAGCGCCGGGCUGCCCUUCUUCGAGGUGUUCGUGAACGCGCCGCUGGAGGUGUGCGAGAGCCGCGACGUCAAAGGUCUCUACAAGAAGGCCCGCGCCGGAGAGAUCAAAGGGUUCACCGGCAUCGACUCGGACUACGAGAAGCCGGAGGCCCCCGAGCUGGUGCUGAAGACGGACGAGAUCUCCGCCAACGAGUGCAUUCAGCAAGUCGUGGACCUCCUGAAGGAGCAGAACAUUGUACCGACCGGGCUCGUGGAGGAGGUCAACGAGCUCUUUGUCCCGGAAAACAAGCUGAAUCUGGCGCUGGCCGACGCCGCCGCCCUGCCGACGCUCAGCAUCACCGAGGUGGACCUUCAGUGGGUGCAGGUGCUGGCUGAAGGCUGGGCCAGUCCGCUCAAGGGUUUCAUGAGAGAGAGGGAAUACCUGCAGGUCCUGCACUUCGCCACCUUGCUUGACGGCGGGGUCAUCAACCUCUCCGUCCCCAUCGUCCUUCCCGUGUCCGCAGAGAAGAAGGAGAGCCUGGACGGCUGUGCCGCUUUUGCUCUCGAGUUCAAAGGUCGCAGGGUGGCCAUCCUGCGCAACCCCGAGUUUUACGAGCACCGUAAAGAAGAGCGAUGUUGCCGACAGUGGGGCACCAGCUGCCCGCAGCACCCUUACAUCAAGAUGGUCGUGGAAGGAGGCGACUGGCUGGUCGGGGGCGACCUGGAAGUGCUGGAACGCAUCAAGUGGAGCGACGGCCUGGAUCAGUACCGCCUCACCCCCCGCGAGCUCAAGCAGAGGUUCAAGGAAAUGAAAGCGGACGCCAUCUUCGCCUUCCAGCUGCGCAACCCGGUGCACAACGGUCACGCCCUGCUCAUGCAGGACACGCGGCGGCGGCUGCUGGAACGCGGAUACCGGCGGCCCGUGCUCCUGCUGCACCCGCUGGGCGGCUGGACCAAGGACGACGACGUGCCGCUGGAGUGGCGCAUGCGGCAGCACGCAGCCGUGCUCGAGGAUGGCGUGCUGGACCCGAAAAGCACCAUUGUGGCCAUUUUCCCCUCCCCCAUGAUGUACGCCGGACCCACCGAGGUGCAGUGGCACUGCAGGGCCCGCAUGGUGGCCGGCGCCAACUUCUACAUUGUGGGUAGAGACCCCGCCGGCAUACCGCACCCGGAGACCAAGCGGGACCUCUACGAGCCCUUGCAUGGUGGCGCGGUGCUGAGCAUGGCUCCUGGCCUCACCUCCGUGGAGAUCAUCCCCUUCCGGGUGGCCGCGUACAACAAGACCAAGCGCGCCAUGGAUUUCUAUGAUCCAGACAGGCACGACGAGUUCGAGUUCAUCUCGGGGACCCGCAUGCGGAAGCUGGCGCGGAGCGGCGAGAACCCCCCCGACGGCUUCAUGGCCCCCAAGGCUUGGAAGGUCCUGACCGAGUACUACACCUCUUUACAGAAGGACUAGCAAACUCUCGUCGGCCUUGCGAGGAGGAGCCCGAGAUCCUCCCCGACGGCGGAAGAGCAUUCCUUCUAUCCGUCCUUCUAAAUAUCCUUUAAUUAUUAAUUUUUACAUAUGAUGUAAGUCAUCCCUCUCUGUACGAUUUUGUCUGCGCUGAGAUUAGUCAGACCAGCUGUGAGUGGAAAAGCGGCCGCCGCGUUCAUGACGUAUUUUUUUUUUUUUUUUUAAACCACGCGUGUCAAAUCCGGCAGCGGACCGAUUGAACGCUUUUCAAUCACCGAUUACAUUUAUAGCCAGAACUGAAAGUGAUAAAAUGACAUUUUAGGGAACACUACUCUGUUCUUUUAUACCAUGUUUUGUAAGUCGUUUUUUAGUCACGCCGACUUGAAGGUGUCUUUUCAUUCCUGUAUCGUUUUUAAAACCCCGUCGUCUCCCGCUUUAUUGAAAGGGUCACUGCAAAUUGUGCCCCCCCCCCCCCCACCCGAAUGUCAACAUGAAUGUACUACUGUCAAGUUACAUGUUAUUUAAAUAAGUGCGAAAAUGUGUGGCGAAGGACAAAUACUUACACAAAUUCAUUUACUAUCACUGGAUGUUGGUGACGAGUUAAUAUUUAUGAACUGUAAUCAAUGUGCCUUAAGCCCAAAUGUGUACCUUUUUAAGAUGAUGUAUGCAAUUUAGUAAGAAUAUACUACAAAUAUACUGUACAAAUAUAUUUCAAAUUAAACAUUGAAGCAAAUUAAUACAUAUAUUGCUACCACUUCUGCUCACUGAGGAAAAUAGGUGAAAAAGUUUUAUUAUGGGAAAGAAUCAGAAAUUCUUUUUGUUUUUACGGUUGUCCGUCUUAGCUGAAUACAUUUACAGUAUUAUCUGGAGCAGUGGACAGAGUAAAUGACAGUAAUUCACGCAUCUGA